AUGAAUGAUGAUCUACGUGUGGGGGAGGACAGUGAUGAUAAUCUACCAGCUGGUGUGGGGGAGGACAAUAAUGAUGAUCUACCAGCUGGUGUGGGGGAGGACGGUUUGGGGGAGGACAUUAAUGAUGAUCUACGUGUGAGGGACGACAGUGAUAAAAAUCUACCAGCUGGUGUGGGGGAGGACAAUAAUGAUGAUCUAGCAGAUAGUGUGGAGGAGGACAGUGUUGAUGAUCUACCAGCUGGUGUGGGGGAGGACAGUGAUGACGAUCUACCAGCUAUUGUUGGGGAGGACAGUAAUGAUGAUCUACCAGCUGGUGUGGGGGAGGACAAUGAUGAUGAUCUAAAAGCUGGUGUGGGGGAGGACAGUGAUGACGAUCUCUCAGUUGGUGUGGGGGAGGACAGUGAUGAUGAUCUGCCAGCUGAUGUGUGGGAGGACAGUGAUGAUGAUCUACCAGCUGGUGUGGGGGAGGAUAGUGAUGAUGAUCUACUAGCUGUUGUGGGCGGGGGACAGUGA